AUGAUCUAUAUAAACCUCCUUCUGCCACCUCCAAGCUUCGAUUCUUCUCCUCUCAUCAUCACACACACACUCUCAAGCACAAAGCACCACAACAACUUUCAACCAACCUUCAAACCAACCCAACCACAACCUAUCACAAUGGAUUCCAUCAAGCAGGGCGCCAACUACGUCGCUGAGAAGGCUCAGGAGGCUACCUCUGGUGCCUCCAAGGAGGCCAACAAGCAGGUCGCCAAGGACUCUGAUGCCGGCCUCGGCACCCGUGCCUCUGCUGCCAAGGACGCUAUUGGCGACAAGGCCCAGGAGAAGAAGCACGAGGGCAAGGGCGAGGCCCACAAGGAGGCCAUCUAA